AUGGCUGCCAACAAGAUCACGCUUUUCGACCUCGCCAGCAAGGAUGGCAAUAAGUGCUGGUCUCUCAACCCGUGGAAGGCACGCUUCGUCCUCAACUUCAAGGGCCUCGACUACGACACCGAGUUCGUCGAGUACCCGGAUCUCAAGCCACGCCUGGCCCCUCACUUCGACGCCCCGCUCGAGGCCUACACCAGCCCCACCAUCCGCUACACCGAUGGCAAGUAUAUCAUGGACUCCAAGGUCAUCGCCCAGACCAUCGAGAAGGACCACCCACAGCCACCUCUGCACCUCGAUUCGCCCUACCUCACCAAGCUCGAGGAGAUCCUGCCAAACCUCAUGCCCUCCCUGCGCGGCAACUACAUCCCUUUCAUCCCCAAGCGACUGCUCAACGAAGCCAGCGUCCCUUACUGGUAUCAGACUCGCGAGGCCAAGCUAGGUAUGAAGCUGGAUGAGCUGGAGGCGUCCGAGGCCGGAGACCCCAGCUGGUCCAAGGCUGAGCCCUUGCUCAAGCAAGUCACCGACGCCCUCAAGGAGAACCCCUACGGCCCCUUCUUUGCCGGCAAGACUGUCAGCUAUGCAGACUUUGUCUGGGCUGGCUUCUUGAUCUUCUGGCGACGCAUCGGGGAUGACAAGUUCAGCGAGAUUCUCAAGAGGACUGGCGACCCUGCCCUGCAUGAGGCAUUGCUGAAGGCUGUCGAGCCCUGGUCAGAGAGAAAUGACCACUGA